AUGGAUAUAUUGUGUAUACAUUGUAAAGCAGUACAUUUUGUUUCAGAAAAGGUGGCAAAUAAAGGUUUUUCUUUUAAUGAUUGUUGUUCUCAUGGGGCUGUAGCUUUAGAAAGUAUAUUAGAUUUUCCUCCAGAACUGUAUAGGCUAUUUAAUGGAAAUCAUCCUAAAUCGAAUAAUUUUUUUGAAAACAUUCGUUAUUAUAAUAAUUCACUUUCAUUCGCCUCUUUUAAUGCUAAUCUGGUUAAUUUUCAAUCACGCCGUCCUGGACCUUAUUGUUUCAAAAUUCAUGGACAAAUUUACUAUCAAAUUAAUACAUCUCUUUAUCCUUGUGAAAAUGAAAAUCCGGUGUAUGGACAACUGUUUUUUGUUGAUCAAGAAGAAGCUCUUAAUGUUAGAAAAAUCCAAAAUCCUCAUCUUGAUCAAGAAACGCUUUCAAUUUUAGAUAAAGUAAUAAGAGAAAAUAAUAUUUUUGCACAAUCUUACGAAAUGAUGAAACAAGAAAUAAACAAUCAGAGAUCACUGAUGAAUGAGGAACAUGAACCAGAAUUACAACUACUAUUUUCCUUAAAACCAGGAUUUGAUAGACGAAGAUUCAAUUUACAGCGAACAAAUGAAGUUGCUGCUAUUUUUUCGACAACACCUGAUGGUGAAAUCCCAGAGUCUUAUGUAACUAUUAGGAAUAAAAAUACAAAAGUGUUAAAAUGCGUUAGUACUAUGGAUCCAAAUGUUGAACCAUGGAUUUAUCCAUUAUUUUACCCUUAUGGAUCACAAGGAUGGCAUAGAAAUUUAGAACGUAUCAAGAUCAAUGAUAAUGAUAUAAAUCGUCGAGUAACACGUUUGGCUUACACUAAAUUUAAAAUUGCUUGGGUUGUAGAUGCUUACGUUAAAAUUGAAAAAGACAGGAUUCAGUGGUGCAAAGAUAAUCAAAAACAGAUAAAAGCAGAUACCUACCAAGGACUACACGAUUAUUUACAUAAAUCUACUAAUGACAUUGACGGCCAAGUUGGCAAAACUGUAAUUUUACCGUCGACUUUUUUAGGAUCCCCUCGCCAUAUGCAACAAAAUUAUCAGGAUGCAAUGGCUUUAGUCAGUAAAACUGGUAAACCUGACAUCUUUCUUACAAUGACUUGCAAUCCUAGAUGGAAAGAGCUACAAGAAAAUCUUUUACCGGGUCAACAAACCUGUGAUAGACCUGAUAUUGUAGCUCGCGUAUUCCAUUUGAAAAAGAAUUGUUUGCUUGAUGUAGUCGUGAAAGGGAAGUUUUUUGGAGAUGUAGCAUCUUAUGUUUAUGUCAUUGAAUUUCAAAAACGUGGUCUACCACAUAUGCACUUAUUGCUUACUUUAAAAUAUGCUUAUAAAAUAACCACACCUGAAAUUGUUAACAAAUUCAUAUCAGCUGAACUUCCUGAUAAAGAACGCGAUCCUCUUUUAUAUGAUAUCGUUGUAAAAAAUAUGACUCAUGCACCUUGCGGUGAUUGGUGUAUGAUAAACAACAAAUGUUCAAACAAAUUUCCAAAAAAUUUUCAAAAUGAAACAAUUAUGGAUGAAAACGGAUAUCCUCAUUACCAAAGGAAAAAUGACGGCGUCACUUAUGAACUACCUAACGGUCACGUCAUUGAUAAUCGAUGGGUUGUACCGUAUUGCCGUGAUUUAUUAAAAAUGUUCAACUGUCACAUAAAUGUGGAAAUUGUUUCAAGUGUUCGAGCUGUAAAAUACUUAUAUAAAUACAUUUAUAAAGGGCACGACGCAGCUACUGUAACUAUUGGAAGUGAAAAUGUAUCUAAAACUAUCAGCCAUGAUGAGGUUGCUAAUUUUAUAGAAACUCGGUAUGUCGGACCCGUUGAAGCAUGUUAUAGAAUUUUCAGUAAGCCAUUACAAGAUAAAAGUCACGCUGUCGAAAGAUUACCAAUUCAUUUACCAAAUCGACAGUCCGUUAUAAUUUCUAAUGUAGACAAUUUUGUAGAAAACCUAAAUCAAGCAAGUAGUAAGCUACUUGAUUUUUUCAAAUUAAACAUUGAAAAUGAAAAUGCGCGCAAGUAUUUUUACAGCGAUAUUGCAUCUUUUUUUACUUAUAAAAAAGAAAAAAUUAAUGGGAUCAUGACAUCUAAAUGGGCUACACGUAAAAAACAGUUUAACUGUAUUGGGCGAAUGUUUUCUGUCAGUCCUACACAAAUAGAGCUCUUUCACUUGCGACUGUUAUUAUUGCACGUAAAAGGAGCUACCAGCUUUGAUUCGCUUAAAACAGUUAAUGGCAUAGUCCAACCUACGUUUACAGCAGCAUGCUUAGAACUUGGGCUAAUAGAAGAUGAUCAAGAAUGGGCCAAAGCAAUCGAAGAAGCAUCAAUGUGGAUGAUGCCACGCCGACUUAGACAACUAUUUACUCGAAUUUUAAUACACUGCCAACCAAUACAUCCUGAAGUAUUAUGGGAUAAAUUUAAAAACGCGUUAUCUGAAGAUUUUUCACGGACAAAUAAUUCUGUUGUGAGUCAUGAAAUGGCAUACUCUGAAAUAAAUAAUUUGUUAAAUUGUGAAGGUAAAAGUUUGUCUGAUUUACCUUCUAUGGAUCAAACAGUGAUUACACAUUUAUUACCGGAAAAUGAUAAUGAAUUAUCACAAACAGAAUUUGCAGACAUUGGUAAAAAACAAUAUGAGCUAUUGAAUGAACAGCAAAAAGAAAUUGUUGAUAUUGUUUUAGAUAAAGCUAUUAAUAACAAUAAUCAUGACAAUAAUUGCAUAUAUAUCAAUGGCCCAGGAGGGUCCGGAAAAACUUUUAUUUAUACAACUAUUUACAAUUUAUUGUGUUCACAAGAUAUUAAAGUAUCUUCAAUGGCUUUUACUGGUAUUGCAGCAAUAUUACUUCCAAAAGGAAAAACAGUGCACAAAACAUUUGGUCUUCCUGUUCCAAUGUAUAGCGAUUCAUCAUCAAACAUUACAGCACAAUCUAAGGAAGGUCGUCUACUCAUGGAAACAAAAGUUUUUAUUUGGGACGAAGCGCCUAUGGCUCCGAGAUAUGCACUAGAAAUAGUAAACAGAACUCUACAAAAUAUCAUGGGCAAUGACUCACCUUUUGGAGGUAAAAUUAUGGUUUUAGGCGGUGAUUUUAGACAACUUCUUCCCAUUAAACUUAAUGGAACACGCACGGAAACUCUAAAUCUUUCUAUUAAAUAUAGCUUAUUAUGGCAACAUUUCCACAAAUACAAUCUUACCACAAAUAUAAGAGUCUUACCUCAUGAAAUUGAUUUCGCUAAAUUCUUAUUGUUAGUUGGUGACGGAACUCUGAACGAUCAAAAUGACAAUUUAGUUUUACCUGAUCACUGUCUUUUAAAAAAAAGUGAUGAUAUAGUUCUUAGUGUGUUUCAACGAUUGAUCAUAGAAAAGAAAUUCGAUGCAAUGAGUAAAUGUGCUAUUUUGUCCGCCCGAAACAUUGACGUUGAUGAAUUAAAUAGAUUAGUUACUGAUUUAUUAGACGAAACUACUGAACAUAUUUAUACCAGUAUUGAUAGCACCGAAAAUUGUUACAAUGGUGAAUUUGACGAAGUACUUUUACCAGAAUAUCUAAACUCAUUAAAUCCUUCCAGUUUGCCUCCACAUGAAUUACGAUUAAGACAAAACUGUAUUGUAAUGUUAAUUAGGAAUUUAAGUAUUCAUGAAGGUUUGUGUAAUGGUACACGUUUGAGAGUAUUAGAUUUUUCUAACCAUUUGUUGAAAUGUGAAAUUUUAACUGGAGACAAAUCAAAGAAUAUUGUAUUCUUAAAUCGAAUUUCAUUAUUUUGUACAAAUGAGUAUCCAUUUACUUUCAAAAGACGCCAGUUUCCUGUCAAAUUAGCGUUUGCAAUGACAAUAAAUAAAGCUCAAGGUCAAACGUUUGAUGAUAUUGUUAUUGAUCUUCGUAGAGAUGUGUUUAAUCAUGGUCAAUUGUACGUAGCAAUGUCGAGAGUGCGCUCGUGGGAUACGCUAAAAAUUUUUCUUGGAAAUCAGCAACGUAAUAAUAAUGUUAAAAAUUAUGUUUUCAAAGAGCUUUAUUCGUAA